UUGAAUCAUAGGUACAAAGAUCAACGGAGGCCUUUUAUUCCUUUGAGCGAUCAGGAAUUGUUCACGUUGUUGACAAAAGAGUCAAAAGCUUCUUUGGAGGAAGAGAAAAGAGUGUGUGGGGUAGUGACUGGAGUUCAAUUCAAGAAGAUCCCCGAGGAUCAGAGACAAGCGUACAUCUCUGGACACGAGCACAUGCAACGUAUACAAGAGUCAGAUUAUUGGGAAUGCUCAUUCUGCAGAAUGCCCAUCAUUUCCAAUAAGCUCUACGAGCACCUGCAGAUCAGAGAUUCUCGCAAAGGUGGUUGUCCUGGUAUUCCUGUUGGCAUUCGCGUAAGGCUUGACAAUGGUAUAAGUGGAUUUAUUCCAAAUAAGAUGAUAUCUGAUAAACCUGAGUCAUUUAAGAAUCCUUUGGAAAGAGUGAAGAUGAAUCAGCCAAUAUAUUGCCGCAUCAUCAAGAUAGAGCCUGAAAAGUUCUCCUGUCUUUUGUCAUGUCGUUCAUCGGAUCUAAAUAAGGAACCAAUAGCCGAGCAUGAUCAUUACUGGGAUAGUGAAGCUGAAAAAGAGGAUUUGGAAAAAGAUCGAGGCGCAAAAAUUCAAAAGGCUGAAUCUAAUUUUACUCAUCGUCAAAUUGUGCACCCACAAUUUCACAAUGUCAGCUAUCGCGAAGCACAGAGAAUGCUUGGCAGUAAGGAU